AUGAAUGCGACCCUGUAUUCUUUAUCUUUGAUUCCACCAGACAGCAACUUCAUCCUGGCUAAUGCCCAGGUGUCCAAGGCCCAAGGCUUCCCCAUUGUCUACUGUUCAGAUGGCUUCUGUGAGCUCACAGGCUUCUCCCGCACUGAAGUCAUGCAGAAGAGCUGUGCCUGUAAGUUCCUGUACGGCCCAGAGAGCAGCGAGACGAUCAUCCUCAGCAUCGACGAAGCCCUGGACGAACGCAAGGAGUUUAAGGAAGAGAUCAUGUUCUACAAGAAGACAGGUAAGGAAAGGUGUGUGUGUGUUGAAGUCUGCUACAGUUGGACUCCACUACUCAUCUCCUUCUGCACUGAUCUGAAGACUCAGGAAAGGUAA